UCAGUUACUGCGGAAUCGGUUGAGCGCAAGAAUCACUCGACAAAGACGAAUGACAGUGGUGCGCAGACGCGCGAAAACACGUGGAAAUUCAAAUGAGAGAAAUCCCUUUUCGUCAUUUAAAUAUUCCCGCCUUUAAUCUCGUAACGUUCCACGAGCAAAAACAAGAGAACGUAGUAGAAACAGGCGAGCAUCACGUCCGACUAAGAAAAAAUGUGACAAACAGUGAAAACCGUUUGAAGAAGUUUUUACUUAUUUUAUGGGAUAUUGAUGAUCUUAUUAAUUUUACCUUAUCAAUCAAAUCGAAUGAUAUUAAUCGACGAUUGGUACGCGUGCCAAAUCGUUGACUUUUAUGGACAUUCUGUUGAUCCUUUCAUCCAUUCACCGUGAGACACGCAAUUAUCGGAAGCUAAGAAACUCGAGAUUAUUUCCUGUUUUCAGAUCCUCUCUGCCUUGGUGGAUCCUGAAGCAGGAUGAUUACCCGUGCAAAGUUAUACUGGAAGCUACUCCACUCCGGGGACUCGAAAGGUAUUCUGGCUGGUCUGGCUGCUCAUAGCGGACAGAUAUCCGUCGGGCUCUCCCAAGGAUUCAGCGCUGUGCUGAUACCGAAACUGUUGGAGACAGACUUUGCCACGGUGUCGCAGGCAUCUUGGGUCGCCAGUCUUGGUGUCAUAUCAAAUCCAUUGGGUGCGGUUAUCGCUGGCCUUGCUGCCGAAUGGUUUGGACGCAGGUCUGCCGUUGCCCUGGCGACAUUGCCACAUGCAGCUGGGUGGUUGCUCAUCGCAUUGUCGACCAACGUUCCCAUGCUGUACGCUGGCAGAUUUAUCAGUGGACUUGGUACCGGUAUGGCGAACGGCCUGUACCUAUACGUUAGUGAGGCUGCAGCACCGCAUCAAAGAGCCUGGCUUGCCAGUUCGGGCCCUGCUAUGGUUUCCUUUGGGGUUCUGAUGAUAUACAGCAUGGGAGCAAUAACGACGUGGCAGAGAACGGCUGCCAUUAGCAUUGGACCAGCUAUACUUUCAUUGGCACUGUCCAGACUGCUACCUGAGACUCCAGCGUGGUUGGCAGCCAGAGGUAGAAUGGACGAUGCCAAGGAGGCUCUGUUCUGGCUACGUGGUCCUGGAAGGACGACGGAAGUCGAGCAUCAGGAACUUUGCUCCUCGAAUAGUCAGGAUAAACAUAAGAAAGACGGCAUCCUAACCGCAAUUUGGCGACCCAACAUGUGGAAGCCGUUUCUCAUCCUUUUCUUCUUCUUCGCGUUUCAACAGUUGUCCGGGAUUUAUGUGAUACUCUUCUACGCGGUGACUGUCCUUAGUGAGAUUGGAGUUAGCGUGGACGAGUACCUGGGCAGUGUAGGAAUAGGUGUUGUACGUUUAAUAUUCUCAAUAGUAGGCGCAGGCCUUGCUAGGACAUUUGGCAGGCGACCUUUGGCCUGCGCCAGUGGAUUAGGAAUGGCAGUAUCGGCAGUCGGUGUAGCUUUAUCAAUUAGAUUUAAUUUUCCUUCCUGGAUACCUCUUAUCUGUAUAGGCGGCCACGUAGGAGCUUCCAUGAUAGGCUACCUCACUCUACCUUGGGUCAUGACCUCUGAACUAUAUCCUCUUAAGUUUCGAGGUACCCUCAGUGGCCUCACCACGUGCUUGGCUCAGAUCUUAACCUUCGGAGCUAUAAAAUCUUAUCCUGACGUCAGUGCUGGUAUCGGCUUGGAAGCCAUUAUGUGGAUUUUUGGCGGCGCCGCUAUGCUUGGUGCGAUCUUCGCUAUGACUAUAUUACCUGAAACACGUGGCAGGAGCUUAGAACAAAUUGAAACUCUGUUUUCGAAGAAAAAGGACAACGACGACAUUGAAUGUUCAACUCCUAACUUAGAACAAGAUAUCAAGAACGUCACCCUUAGGAAGUUCUCUUUGAUUCCCGACGACAAAUGCUCGACGAUAAAGACCAGUGCCUUUGGCUAUGACAAUUUCUGUCUGGACAUGAGUCUAGAAGGUACGGAGAAGCCUGAAAAGUCUUCAGCACGCGAGAUCAGUAAGAGGGAACACUUCUCGAUAGAGCACGCUUAUCUAUAGAGCUCUUACGAACGUUGUGACGGGGAAAUCAUUGAAAAUAUAUUUUGGAUGAUAAUACCGAAAAACCUUAAUCAGUAUUAUGAAAAAAAAGCAUUCCUAUAUACAAAACGGACACUAGUCUAUACUAAUAGGCAGAGCAUCGGUAAAGAGAAUUCUUCUAGAUCAAUUAUUCCAUUAGUUGGAAUAUUAUUUGUAUUGAAAAAAAAAUAGACUUCCUUCAUAAGUAACAAGUGAAACCAAUGUCAAAUAUUCACUUAAUCGUUAUAUACUAAUUAUAAUAUACAUGUAAUUAUCGUCGUUGAACGAACGAGUUACUUUAAAUCACAAUACAUUUUAUUUAUUAAGAAAAAAAAGAAGACUAUCAUUCAAACAAUCAUUGACUAUGGUUAUACGACGGUCUUAAAUUGGUUUAUGUUAAUACUGAUCUAAAGGAAUUGAGCAAUCCCAAAUAUUCCUUACAAGUAUGAAUGUCUACGAUUUAUCAAUCCCUUUAAAUCAUUAUAAAUAUACUGGUCGUGUAAACGUAGUCAUUAUUUCUACGAUAUAUUACACUACGUGUGCACUGUGCAUACAAUAGACCUAUACGUAUACUUUGAAAACACAUGUGUUCCCGCCAUACAAACUAUCCUUGACUUCGCUCCUCUCAUGUCAUCCUGAUACUCGAGCGCGUUACUGGCAGCCGAUCUUCGAAAUUAAAUAACUUAUAAAACUACCUGAUCGUGUCACCUCCUCGUGGCCGUGCUUUUCCGUGAAUAAACACUCGAUUUCGGACCUUCCGCGCCUCUCACAGAAUCCUCACGUGUGCCUUUAUAUUCUCCUUUCGUAUUAUCGUCUCUUCCCUAGGCCCAUCUUGUUCCGGACGUACCAGGACGGGGAAUGGGAUACUCUAGCCCAGGUGGUAACGCACCGAGCAAUUAUUAUACGUAGUCCAGGAACAAGUUGUAAGAUUUAAUUCAAA